AUGAUAGAAUCCAAUAUGCUUAUCGGUCUGUUCCUGCUAUUGCAAGUAGUCAGAGGGACACGUCAGUUGCAACAGCAGCAACAAUGCGAUUCAUGUGCACCUCCAAUUCCCUUCGAUCCAUCUGUUCACAAACAGGUAUACAAGAUUGGGUGCCAGCAACUUGCCAAUGAAGCAUUCAUGAAAACUUUGAAUGUGACAUUCGAUGACUACCUCACGGCUACCGUCGGCCAACGUUUCGACCCACCGAUCCAAUUUGAAAUCAAUUUCUUUAGCGAUAGAAAUCUUGCCUAUGAUCUGAUGGAAAGUCAAGAGAUUGACUUCGUUUUUGUCAGUCCCUUUGUAAGUACUUGUUUGGAGGAGGAAUACGGCGUUCAAUCGCUAGUAUCUUCGAUCAGAACAACUUCCUUUGGUGGUCAGAAGGUGGCUUUGGCCCAUUUUGCUGGAAUGUUCGUGACGCACGUUGAUAACGGUGACAUUAACGCAUUGGAGGAUAUCAAAGACAGGGUAGUGGCAAUCGCAAACCCAGCAAGUCUGGGCGGGGCAUUAAUACAAUGGCAUGAAAUGCAAAAGAAUGGAAUGUCCUAUCUCAAUGACCCAGCUGCCAUUGUCUUCACCGGGACGAUGGGUGCGGUCGUCAACGGAAUUAUCGGCAAGACCUUUGAUGUGGGGUUUGCCAGAACCAACUUUAUUGAAGGAUUGCAAGCACGAAACCCAAUUCUAAAUGCCUCAGCAAUUAAGGUCAUCGGGGUGCGAAAGGAUGAAGGCACCGUGGACGAAGGAUUUCCGCUCGAUCGCUCUACUUCCAUCAUGCCAGAGUGGCGUUUUUCUGCCGCUCCUUAUACGCCCGCUUCUGUGUCCCGAGAAGUUCAAGCAGCUUUGUUGGCGCUUGAGGAGCACGGCAGGACUGGUUUAGCAAGGUCGGCUUGUCUGAAUGUCAAUAUAAACAACACUGCGCAAUGCGACGAUCUAUCGAAUGUUGACUCACAAGUCUUAUGCGAGGCGAAUAUCGAAUCUGUCACAGCCGCUGAAAGCGUGAUUUCAACGAAUGACUACAUGACCUAUAGACCACCUCUAUCGGUCAAUCGAAUUCGAAAAAUGGCACUCGAUCUUGGGUCCGUUCAGCAGGAUUCAACCUCAGAUUCGCUCAAGUGCUUCAGACCUUCUGAGUUUUACGACCAAAUCGUUUGUCCAAAGGGUCUCUUCAAGCUUUCACCUGAGGCCCUGCUUGCCUCAUGUAAUGCAACAGACUACUCAUGUCCAGAUGGGGGUGAAUGUAUUUGUAAGCCUUGUUUCGAGUCUUUGCCAAUUGAGGUGGCACCGACGGAGCAGUACGCUGCUGGGGCUGGCUGCACGAAAAUGAGCAUCUGCUCUUCGAGUGCCCAGAACGAAGUCAUCCAAUAUACUGUGGUCGAUAAUCAAAAGCUAGAGGGUGGCCGUAAUCUGCGGGCUAAGACCCUUGAAGACGGCAUCGACACAGAUAUUGCGAUUGAGCAAGGACCCAUUCCACACACGUAUUCGUUUUCUUUCAGUACACCGAGAGUUGGCAUCUUCAUUCUGGAGAUCUAUGAUGGUGAUGAACAAAUCGAUGCAUCUCCAUUGCGUGUUCGGGUUGACUACCGUGCUUGUCCUGCUGACAAAGAAGCUAGCGACGAUGGAGUUUGCGAAUGCAAAGCCUCAUCUAUCGAUAUAUCUGGAGCUUGUAUUGCUAUAUGGCUGGCAGUGCUUGUUGCACUAUCCCCAAUUGCCAUCAUUGCUGCGGUUGCGGUGUGCUUUUUCGUGAAGCGAAAGGAACGAGAGGCCAACAGCCUGUGGAUUGUGAAACGGUCAGACCUGAAGUUCAGUGAUCCUCCUGCUGUACUAGGGCAUGGAUCAUUUGGAUUUGUUUUGCAGGCUGAAUAUCGCGGAUCAAAGGUAGCAAUUAAGCGGGCUCUCCUUCUGCCUUCAAAGGGGGGCUCUAGCAGUGCCGACAAUGUCCAAUUUGGAGAACCGUUGAAGCGUAAUGAGUCACGGGAUUCAUCUUUGGCAAAGAUUGGCAUCGACGAAGACAUAGCUGACUCUGACCGUAAGAGGAGCACUGAUUCGAUCAAAAGUCUUGAUCUGGAGAUUGGAGCAACUCAUGGUAAACCCAGGACGUCCAAGACAAUGAUGAAGACACAAGGAUUUACACACUCGAGAAAAGCAAAGCAGCUGUUCAUGGACGAAAUGCGUGUCUUGUCUACUCUUCGUCAUCCGAAUAUCACAACAAUGAUGGGCGCGGUUAUUGACGGGAGCGAACCAAUGCUCGUUAUGGAGUUCAUGGAGCAUGGUUCUCUAUAUGAAGUGUUGCAAAAUCCUACAAUUGCAUUGGAGUCGGAUCUCACCUUGCACAUCAUCCAGGACAUUGCACAAGGAACUCGAUUCUUGCAUUCAUCCAAUCCACCUGUCAUUCAUGGUGACUUGAAGUCAGGCAAUAUCCUGAUUGAUUCGAAGUUUCGAGCAAAGCUGGCUGACUUUGGAAUGGCAAAGCGCUGUAGAAGCAUGUCAUCUGGUACCCCUCCAUGGAUGGCACCAGAGGUCUUAUCUGGCAAGUCGUCCAAUACAACCAAGUCAGAUAUGUACUCCAUUGGUGUUAUCAUCAAUGAAGUAGUCUCAGGCAAGGAACCUUACCACGCCACCACGGAUCCGUUGCAUGUCAUCGUGAAUGGAGUCACAGAUCCAAAGGUGAACCGUCGACCAGAGAUUCCCUCAUUUUGUCCUGUGAAGGUCAAGAAGCUGAUCAUGUUCUUGUGGCAUGCUGACCCCAAACUACGCCCAACAGUCACAGAGCUAAACAACCGAUUGAAUGAUUUGGGUGACCAAGCGUUCGCCGCGUGCGCUCCCAAAGCGGCACUGCAUCGCCCUCGUGAAGUUCCCACUGGAGGCAGAGACGAUUUCUUGUAUCAGGCGUUCCCCCGGCAUAUAGCCGAUGUGUUGAGAUCUGGCGGCAAGGUCGAGCCAGAACCACACAACGACGUAUCCAUCUGCUUUUCGGAUAUUGUAGGCUUUACUACGAUUGCUUCGAAGCUUGACCCAUUGAAGGUGUCCAGUUUGUUGGACCGUCUGUACUUGAAGUUUGAUGAGGUGACUAGGAAGUACGACCUGUUCAAGGUUGAAACGGUCGGUGAUGCAUACAUGUGUGCUGGCAAUCUAGCCAAUGAUCAGCAUGAAGACCAUGUGCGUCGGAUUGCUUUGUUUGCUACCGGUAUUUGCAAGGCUGCGUCAGAGACAUUGAUUGACGAGGAUGAUCCUUCUGUUGGUUAUACGAAAAUUCGAGUUGGGUUCCAUUGUGGUCCUGUUGUGAGCAAUGUUGUGGGAUCACUGAAUCCUCGUUAUGGGGUGUUUGGAGAUACUGUGAAUGUCGCAGCAAGAAUGGAAACUACAUCUACGGCUGGGCGAGUUCAUUGCAGUGGCGAAUGCGCGAAAAGGUUGAUUGAUGACGCACCAGAUCUGUUGGUGAAGUCUCGCGGCGCAACAGAGGUCAAGGGUCGUGGUCGAAUGAUGACAUACUGGGUAUCUCAAGUCUGA